AUGACGGUUGAAACAGACCAGUACAAUGCGACGCGACGCAUAGCCGGCGCAGUGUCGAACCAGGCGUCGAUAGACCAGCUGACUCACGAAAAGUCCGAGUUGUCGCUCCUAGGAGACGACAGCACAAGCUUCAUACAGCUUUUCAAAGAGGGCUCCGUCGAAGAGAUCCAUAUCAUGGCAUUUCUGCAGAUGAUGUUGGCGUCCGAAAAACUGGACGAGUAUUUCCGUGUCUGGAUCAAUCACGUGGACAGGUUUCCAAGCAACACAAACCUGGUGGCAUGGGACUGUCUGCACAAAAUCCUCGCCCGGCUGGCGGCCCAGAAGUUCGUCCAUGUGACCUCCAAACAGGAAUUCGACGCGGUUUUUGCAAAGCUGGCGGGAGAAAACACAUUGUCCACGUUUGGCGCCAUGGUGCAACACUUGCUCGCCUUCACAGUUCUGCCGGAUUCCGACGAGGUCAGGUCGUCGUUUGAAGGGACUGUCAUGAGCCGGUUGUCGAAGCUGAACUUCCCCAAGGCCACCGAAUCGAACCACGAGAUUGACCUGUUGAUCGAUGCCGUCAUCUUUGUGUACCAGCACCACCGCCAGGACGUUCCUGUGGACACCAUCAUCGAGCAGGGUCUUUGCAAAUCGUACCAGAACAUACCUCUGAUGAAGCUGUGGUGUCUGGCCGCUAUACAGAAAAAUGACGUGGAUACGCUUGUACCGGCCUUCAGGGUGUAUCUGGGCUACAACCACGAGCGGCGAGUGCAGAAUUUUGGCGGCCACGUUGACAUCUUCGAAACCAUAGACCUUUCGAGCAGUGUGCUGCGAUACCUCGUCUCAGCCAAGUUGCGGCGCAACGUUUACGACCAGGUGGUCGUCUGGUAUAACGACCUCCGAAAUGUGGUGGAAAAAGAUCUCACGGAGAUGUUAGGAGAGGGACCAUACACAGAACUGCUGACCCGCAAAUUGGUUUCAGUCUGGUACGGUCUCGGCAAAAUCUCACAACAACUGUGCAACACCCAUACAGUGACCAAGGAAAUACUGGACGCGCGACUCCGUAGCACGCUGCAGUAUUUUGAGCACACUGUGCAGCUUGUACAGAGUCUGCCGGCACACCAACCCAAUGAUACACAAACAGGCAGGCUUUAUUUCGACUACGCUUUCGCGCUCAUCAAGAUGGGCAGACUGAAAGACGCCAUCAGGAACCUCAAGAUUGCAAUCAAACACGACCCGGACAAUGUUCAGUAUCUCAACAUGAUUACUCUAGUAUACUCAGCCACGGAAGAAAAUCUAGAUAAGGCGCUGAAGAUCAGCUCUGAGGUGAUACUUAAUCUAAAAUCACAGCUUGCGGAGACGGACCCUGCCGUGCUGAGCAGCUCUCGCAAAUGGGACAUUCUGCAGAUGUUCAUGACCUACAUUACGCUCGUUGGGGCCGACCAAGACACGUUCGAGGCCGUUGAGUGCAUGCCGAUGUUUUUUGAGGUUGUGCACCAGCUGUUCGGGUCCGAGAUCAGCACGGGCGAGUCCGCGGCCGUCGAGGAGGUUUCCGAAAAGGCGGGCGAGAAGGCGGCUGAGAACGGCAAGAAGAACAUCCUGCGCAAAAUCAAGUCGGGUCGAGGCAAGAAACCGGCUACCGUGCACGUGACCAACAACCUCAACUCGCAGGAAACCAAAAUGGUGCACGACAUUUGGCUGUGGACGUCCAAACUCUUCGAGAAACAGGAGAUGGUGGACGACGCAGAGGGCAGCGUGGCAGAGGCGGUUUCCGUGCAGUCCGAGACUUAUCUCACGCAUGCUCGGCUGGGCCAGCUGUACAUUGGGCUGAACAACCAGCGUGCCCUUCAGGAGCUGGAGGCGUCGCUGGAGCUGAAGGAGGACGGUAAUGUGGAGGGCAUUUUGGGAUUCUCGAACCUCGUUCUCUUUGCAAACGACAAUUCGGUGUUCACUAGCGAUGGGGACCGCAUGGCUGCCAUUUCGAGAUGCAAAAACUACCUCGAGUCGCUGACGACCAACUAUAGGUAUUUCCAGAUCAGCGACAUCUACUACGACCUGGCACACGUCUACGAGCUGAUGGGCGACCGCGAAAACCAGAAGAAGUGUCUUGCGAAAUGUGUAGAGCUGGCCGAGAGCCAGGCGGUGCGCGUGUUCGACGAUAUUUUUUAG